AAGCUACUAGACCUUGACAACACGAUAGGGGGCGGCAAUUCAGCAAGAUGGAAUCCAGACUGCCGUCCAACCGCCAAGGAAGAAGAAGAAAACUAACUCCUGAUUGGCUGUCGACUUUCUGACCGGGAUAUUUUAAAAGUGAGUGUGUGACGCUAUUGAUCGCGUUAGUGGAACAGAGCUGAGCUGGGUGUGUGCGUUUUGCUCCGUUAAAAUAAACAUCGGUUAGUCUCCAUGGAGCUAGAACAAGGGGAACCAACGUGUAGAGUUAGUGACAUGUCGGACAUGGUGGUGGUGGACCUAGACUCCACCGUUACAGCCGAGCUGGAGGCUGGAAGCGGCUCCUCCGAAGCGGACACAACUCAAGUCCUGUUUCAGAAUGAAGACAAAGAGGCUGCUGAUGAGGAGGAGGAGGAGGAGGAUGAUGACAGUGGCACAGACCACUUAAGCGGUGAGAAGUCGGGAACCCAGCUGCAGAGGUGUGAGCACCAUGAAGGAGGGCGCUCAAGCCUUCCGGACACCUUCCAGACCAGCAGCUUGCUGUUCUACGAGCGGUUCAAGGCCUACCAGGACUACAUGCUUGGGGAUUGUAAGCCCUCAGAAGUGAAGGCUUUCACAGCAGACUACCUGGAGAAGGUGCUGGAGCCGUGUGACUGGAUGGCCUUAUGGUGCACAGAUGCGUUUGACGUCCUGGUGGAGGUGACCGAUUUGGACCUGAAGAAUCUGAAAGCCUGGGUGGAGCUCUCGCUGCCUCUGAAGUGUGUCACCAGAGGCUGUGAGAUCACUGAGGAGGCCAUGCUCUCUCUGCUAGAAGCCACUCAGUACAAAGUUCACCUGCAGGAGCUGCAGGUGGUAUAUGAUGAGUCUGGGGACUUUGUUCAGACCGCUCUGGCUCUUGAACACCUCCGUUUUUUCUAUAAACACAUCUGGAGGGAGUGGGAUGAGGAGGAUGAAGAUGACGACUUUGACUAUUUUGUCCGCUGUGUGGAGCCUCGUCUGAGACUUUUCUACGACAUCCUGGAGGACAGAGUCCCUGUCGGCCUGGUGGCGGAGUACCGCUCCUUACUGGAAAACUGUUCCAAGUGCUUCCAGCAGUUUUCACAGCUACGCAGCAGCCUCAGCGUUGACUCCGACUCGGAGCUGGACAACGUGUCCAUGGUGGAGGGCCUGAAGCUCUACGACCAGCUGGAGACAUUCAAAAGAAAGCUCCGCAUCAUUGAGAACCCCCUGUUGAGGUAUGUCCUGGCUUACAAAGGAAACUCCUGGCAGCAAAACCUACAGAGCCGUGGGCUCAGAUCAUCGGGUCUGAAGGUGGUUCAUGUGGUGACAGAAUCCUGCUGCACCGUCCUGCUCCAGUCCCUCCUCAGUGCACGGCUGAUGCCUCUGUGCUCGACUGAGGACACCGAGAUCCAGUUCCACAGAGAACCGGUCUCGGCUGUAGAUGCGUGCCACCAGGACGACGUGGUGAUCCUUCUCCCUGGACGCUACAGUGUCAGCAGCUCUAUCUUCAUUCCAGAUUCCAUCACUAUGGAAGGUUUUGGAUUUCCUGACGAAAUAGUGAUUGAGAAGAAAACCAAAGGCAGCACAUUUGUGGAGUCGACGGGGGCGGACGUCCGACUCUCCAACAUCAAGUUCAUUCAGCAUGACGCCAUUGAGGGCAUUCUGUGUGUGCGUAAAGGAACUCUGAACAUGGAGAACUGUGUGCUGCAGUGUCAGACCACCGGUGUGAUUGUGCAAACAUCUGCACGCCUCACCAUGAAUGUGUGUGAUCUGUACGGCUCCAAGGGAGCUGGUGUGGAAAUCUACCCAGGAAGUGUCUGCAGUCUGGUUGGAAACAGCAUCCAUCACUGUAGAGACGGGAUUCUGAUCAAGGACUUUGCCAAUGCGCUGGAUGGGAUGCCAGCCAUCACCAUGGAGAACAACAACAUCCACAACAACGAAGGCUACGCGGUGAUUCUGGUGAAACCAGGUGAUGGAAAAUAUCAGGUUCUGGCUGAGAGGAGAGAAGAAGAUCGUCCUGGAGCUGAAUCGAAGGGGGACAUUCCCUCCACGGACAUGUCCACCAGCAGCUCAGCACCUGCUACACCUAAGUCAGCAGAGACCAACAGCAUGGAGGAGGACCUGGCUUCCGCUGUGAACAGGAAGUGGCAGUUCAGCCGUCAGAUAAGCCGAAACAAGGAAGUGUCCUGCAGCCGACCAGUCCAGGAUCUGAUGGAGCACCAGAUCUUUGUUUCAGUUCAGGGGAACCAGUUCAGACGCAAUGGCAAAGGCGACUUUGGCACCUUCUUCUACUGACUCACCCUACAACUACAGAAAUACAGAAUGUAUGAACGUUUUGCACAAAUUAUCUAAUUUAUUUCUUUUGGCUUCAGGCUUUACCUUUUGAACAGUUUUGUAGUUUAGUUUGAAUUAACAGUGGUUGUAGUUUCAGCAUCAGUGAUGUGGGUGACGUUUCACCGUGGAUGUUGUUUAUGGCUGAGGGACGUUUUCAGGUGUGUUGGUGGUUAGAAACAACUGAUUUCUAAACACGAAUGUUUUACGUUGCUAUGACUACAUGUAUUUCUAAGCAGAUUAAAGUGUUUUAAAACCUC